AGAAAACUCCUCCUCCCGGUUCUUCCUCAUCUCUGAACUGAAGCAGCUCAAAACUUCACUGAGAAAGGACAUUUUUUGUAUGCUGGAGGUUUGAAAGUAGAAAAGGGUUUGGCCCACAAAAAUCACCCGUAACGCAGCGCGAUUUCCGGACUUUGUUAAUUUUCCGUUAACCGAAGCAGAAGGUACGGCUAUGGACAUGACCGGCCUGUUACUUUUUUGAAUUGUAAACCGAAAAUAGAGAACGAAAGAGGAGUGAGCACGUAUGUUUUCCAGAAGUGCACAUAUCCUAAAGACUAAACGUCACUUACUAUUGUGUGAAGCGACUGUAGGACUGGCAGCGUGUCAUUAACAAAAGGCUGUAUAGCUUUUACAGCAACUUUGCCUAAUAACUGCUUUUAAUCGAACGUUUUCAGUUAACGACCGCUACGGGCUGCUUGGUGGGCUUUGCUGCUACCCCUUGCUCCCGUAUUUGACUUUGUUUUUCCCUCCAUUUUUUACAGUCUUUUCCACUUAAAGCAAGAAGGAAGCGCAUUGGGAAAAGACAAGAUGCCGUUGCUCCACAAAAAAACGUUUAUGAGACGGAAACCUCCUCAGGAUUUACAACCAGAUGAAGAAGUUUUUCACUGUAAAGUUACCAACGAGGUCUUCAGAGAUUACAAUGAGUUUUUUGAACGGACUAUUCUUUGUAAUAGCCUGGUAUGGAGUUGUGGUGUUACUGGGAAACCUGGAUUGACCUACCAAGAAGCUGUCGAAUCUGAAAGGAAAGCUCAGCAGAAUCUCCAGAAUUUUCCAGAGCCUCUGAUUGUUCCAGUCCUGUACUUGACCACCCUAACCUAUAGUUCAAGGUUUCAUGAAAUCUGUGAUGACAUUUUUGCUUAUGUAAAGGAUCGUUUCUUUGUUGGAGAAACUGUGGAAGCUUUGAGCAGUUAUGGCACAAGAUUACAGUGUAAGGUUUUGGAAGCCAUUGCACCACCCCAGCACAAUGGCAUGGCCAAUGGCCAUGCUGGCACCAAGCUUGAUGGAGAUAUAAUUGUCAUCAGUGACAGUGAUGAUGAGGAACCAUCAGGGAAUGUUUCAGUAGCUGAAAGGAAAAUGAGACCUGUAAUUGCUGCAUCUCAGUUUAAAUACAAGGUAAAACCUACCAAAGAAGGACUUGAACCAAUAGUUGUGCAAGCCUGUCAAUUAAGUCGGAGGAAGGAUCUGUUUUCUCGUGACAAACUGAAGCUUUUGCUGAAACAACACUGCGAGUCAAAAAAUGGUGUAAUCGUUGUAAAGGCCAGUUCACUUACAAAAUACAGACUAUCAGAGCUGCAGUUUUCUUAUAUUUUCUCUGAUGAGCCACCGACAUUUACCUCCAGUCCUGUGGUCCGAGGGAAUGGUAGACCACCUUUUAGUCACCCACCUGUAGAGAUUGUUCACAACACAACAAAUGAACGUAUCACGGACAUUAUGAACAUGGCUGCUAGAGAAAUGGAAAAUCUUAAACGACAUAGAGAAGAAAUGCGAGCCAUGGCACUUGAAAGAGCUAAACUAAAACAAAGAGCUGAUUUCAUUGAAGCUAAGAAAAGGGAAAAAGAAGAUAAGGAAAAAAAAAGAGAAGUAAUACGGAAAAUGUUAGAGGAUGAAAAACUAAAGAGAAAAGAAGAACGAGAACGUCUUAGAUUAGAAAAAGAGAAGGAGAAAGAAAAACUACGGGAAGAAAAACGAAGGUAUGCAGAAUAUCUAAAGUUGUGGAGUAAACCAAGGGAAGAUAUGGAAUGUGACGAUCACAAGGAACUUCCGCCUCCUACACCAGUGAAGACCAGGCUGCCCCCUGAAAACUUUGGUGAUGCAUUGAUGGUGCUAGAGUUUUUGCAUGCCUUUGGGGAUUUGUUUGACCUCCAAGAUGAAUUUCCAGAUGGAGUAACAUUAGCACUUUUAGAGGAAGCACUUGUUGGAAGUGACCCUGAAGGCCCACUUUGUGAACUGCUGUUUUUCUUCUUGACUGCAAUCUUCCAGGCCAUGGCAGAGGAAGAAGAGGAGGUGGCCAAAGAUCAGUUAACUGAUGCAGACAGAAAAGAUUUAACAGAAGCUUUAGAUGAAGAUGCUGAUACUACGAAAUCUGCAUUAAAUGCUGUAGCAUCUUUGGCAGCUGCAUGGCCACAGCUUCACCAGGGCUGUAGUUUAAAAGAUCUGGAUCUUGACAGUUGUACUCUUACUGAAAUCAUCCGACUUCACAUCUUGGCAGCUGGAUCCGAUGUAAACUUGGCCAAUGCUAAAUAUCGUUAUCAGAAGCAGGGAGGGUUUGAUGCUUCGGAUGAUGCCUGUCUAGAGCUAAGACUGAGCAAUCCAUGUCUACUAAAGAAGCUGUCUACUGUGUCUGUGUAUGAUCUACUGCCAGGAGAAAAGCUCAAGAUCCUUCAUGCCUUUUGUGGAAAGCUGCUAACUCUUGUUCCCACUCGUGAUUUCAUUGAAGAUAACAAUGAUAUCCUAAAACAAGCAAAGCAAGAAUUCAGAGAACUAAAAGCUGAACAGAAUCGUAAGGAAAAGGAAGAAGCAGCAGCCAGGAUUCGCAAGAAGAGGGAAGAACGCUUGAAAGAGCAAGAGUUAAGGAUGAAAGAAAGGAUAGACAAGCUCAGAGAAGAUGAGCAAAAAACGUAUACAGACCUGGUUAUGAGCAAUUGUGAAGAUAAAGAUGAACUUGACACCAGUACAGAGAGUGGAUCUGCAUUACCAAGGGAACAGACACUGGAUACUACUAUUGAGGAUGAAGAGGAUUCAUCUCCCAUUCCAAAAACAAAGAAAGUUUGCUCUGUGUUUUUGGAGAGACUGAGCGGAGAUUGGCUAACUCAAGGCACCAUCUGUACCCGGCCCUUUGAAGGUAAAAAGGAGCUGAACCAAUUAAAUCAAAAUGGAAAGAGGACAUUGUCCUGUGAAAGAAAUGAGAGGCUAAUAGCACAGCAAGAGGAGGCUUUAAAACAUGAACAGCAGCAGCAAGAGAAAGAACUUAUGGAGACCAUUCAGAGUGCUACAGCUUGCACAAAUAUAGUCCCUUUAGGGCGUGAUAGAGUAUAUAGGCGAUACUGGAUCUUCUCUUCUCUUCCUGGACUAUUUGUAGAGGAAGACUAUACUGGUAUCACAGAAGAUAUGUUGCUGCCUCAGACCGCUGAUCUUUCCAAAGAUGACAGACUCUCUCAGGAAUUUUCAAAAAAUGGAGACUUUUCAGAGCUGGUUGACUGUUCUAUUUCUACCUCAGAUCACUUACAAGUUUUUGAACCAGAGAUCACAGAGAAACUGUGCAAGCCAGUUCACAAGCCUAAUCAAUGGUACUAUUACAGCUCUAUAGAGGAGCUGGAUCAGUUAAUUGAAGCACUUAAUACUCGAGGCUGUAGAGAAAAUGCACUAAAAGAAACUCUCUUGCAGGAGAAAGAAAGAAUAAAUGAGAAGCUAACUAAGUUUCCAGAAGAAAACUUCAACAUUCCAGAUAAACCUCAAACACAAAACAGGCCUACAUCAGGGAGAGGAAGAAGUUCUCAGAACUUGCAGGAUUUGUCUCCAUUAUCUGCUGAAAAACAACUUGAAAUUAGGCUCAGAGAUCUCCUUUUAGACAUAGAGGACAGAAUAUAUCAGGGAACACUUGGAACUCUAAAGGUGUUGGAAAGGAUGUCAUGGAGAAUAGCGUUAGAAAAUGGAAAUUAUGAGCUGCUGUAUGAAGACGCAAAAGAAAAUGGGACAUUAAAAACAGAAGCUGACUUUGAAAAUGAAAUGGAGAUUGAUGAUGUUGGCAUUAAGUUUGGUACUAAAGAGAGACUUUGUGAGCUGAAGAAUGAAUCUCAGAGCUGUGCUUCAACCAGUACAAGUACUCCACAGCCAACAAAUUCCUGUGUUCGGUAUCUUGCAACAGCACUUCUUCAGAUAGAGCAAGGCAUAGAGCGUCGAUUUCUUAAAGCACCUUUGGGAGAUGCAGAGGAUAGCAGAAAGGAUCAGAAAGGAGACAAGAGAAAAAAGGAGGAUAAGAAAAAAAAAGAAGAGGACCAGAACAGUGAGAAAGAUGGUAAAUAUUCAGAUUUUAUUUUCUGUGUUUAUUUUACCACUGAAUUGGGUUGGUUCUAAUGGACCCGUUCUAAAACAAUA